AUGUCUUCUUCCUCCGUUCCUCACACGGCCCGACCGUGUUCCCUCAACACCAUCCGUGUUGAUUCUAUUGACAUACACCAGCCCGAUGUUUCCUUCUGUCUGGGCCAUGUGGAGCAGCCACCGGUGACAUUUAGAGAUUGUUCGUCUCCAAAUAUAGAGCAUAUUCCAGUAA